UAAACGUUCACUGCAAAGGGAAGGUCAAAGGGACAAACGUGGAAUAUUCAUACUGUAGCGCACCUGCCCAAAUUCACGUCCCUCUGAACAAGGAAAUGAAGAGGCUAAUAAAACGGAGUGGGUUGUUGUUGGACUCUUCAAACAUGCGCAGCCAUGGGAAACAGAUUAACCAAUACCUUGGAUAAGUGGGGUUUAAGUCCAAGGAAGCUGAGUGAAAAGCGAUCAAAAAGGAAAGCUCCACUUGCAGCUUCACGUCAUCAGACUAUAGAUCCCCACAUAUAUGACAGCGUGGCAGCCGAGCCCCAGUAUGCCAUAGUGAAUAAGAAGAAGAAGGCGGAUUCUGAUGGCUUGCACUAUGCAGAAAUUCAGGUGCUACAGUCCGAAAGCACAAGCAAGCAGAGGAGUGCGCCACCCACAAACUCAAGCACGGAAUAUGCAACCAUAGACUUUCUGAGAGGCGCUAAACCAAAAGAGUCUGCUGAACCUGCAGAUAUAGUUAUUCCACCUGGAGAUCUUCAGAGGCUAAUGGUUAAGUCUCAAAAGAAGAGGAGUAUUUCCACACAUCGGGCUGUCAUGGUUUGAAUAAAUUGUUUGUUUGUUUUUUAAAUCAUUUGCAUUUAGUUUUUUUAAUACUUUUUUUUUUUUUUUUUUAAAAAAAAGAAAGAUCAAAUGUAUGCUGUAUUUGUUACACAUUAAUCAUAAUUAAUGAUUUUCUAGACCUGGCAGUGCACACUGUAUAUUCUCGAAUGUUGGAAAGAACAAAGAAACGCAAAGACCAUUGCAGCAUGCUGUUAGUGCUCGAUGGUCAGUUGAUUUCACGGUAACAGUACUGGCUGUGUACAGAUCCUAUUUAUCAUACUAUGCUUCCUUUGUAUAAUCUAUUUAGGAAAAAAAAAAAAACCAAUAUUUGCAGGCACCUAUCUGUGUUCCUAUCGUCUACAUAUCUGGAUUUGCUCUUGGAAAUAUGAUACACUCAUGGACGGCUGGUAUAAAUGGGCUAGCAGGGCUAAGCCUCCGUUUUUCAAAAAUAAAAAGACAUCAGUAGGGUUUCAAAUUUAUGAAUGAUAAAGUGAUAUGAAGAAGCAAGGAUUGGGCUGAUUUCUUUCCAGCCCAGACUGUAGUUUCAUGCAGUCCAUCAGUCUCACUCGUUUUGGGUGAUUACACAGAAGGACACAGGUUUGAUCUUCAUUUGGGCGGAUAUUAGCAAUUGAGUAAGCACAUGUGAAAUACAGUCGCAGGCAUAAUGAACAUGAACAAAGUGAAGCAUUUACUUUAUCAUCCUUUUUGCCCAAAAUGUAUUUGGAAGAGAAACUAAAAGUAGAUAGACUAAGUACACAUUGUACAAUCAGAGUACAAAUUAUACAAUGGUAUAAUACUACUACUACUACUACUACUAAUAAUAAUAAUAAUAAAAAUAAUCUUUUAUAUUGUCUUAAACGAUUGCAGGAUAGACAAAAUGAACACUUAUGACUCGGCAUUAAAGAUUAAUGACUGAACUCCACGACUAAACUCCAUCUUAUUGGUUUCAGAAACCACAACUAUUAUAUUGCUUAUAAUAUAUUACCAAUAUUCAACUAAUACAUUUCUGAAGAUAAUAUGUGAUAAUAGAAGAGAACCUGCUCUUUUGAAAUUACUGUGAAGUUUUAAUUAUGCCCAAGUAUUCGAGCUCAGGAGGUUCAUUUAAAAAUAUGUACAAAAUACAUACAUACAUUUGGGUUUAAAUAGAGUUUUAGAAGAAAGAAAAGAAGUCAUGCUGAUCUUUUUUUUAAUUUAAUUUUUUUUAAAGAAUUUAAAAAAAUUUUUAUAUCAAUUUUAGUCCUUUUUUUGGUACUUCUUGUUGCAAGGAAAUUGUGAUUGUUGUAAAUGUUUAUAAUUAAAAGGAAAAUAAAUCUUACUCCUGGUGUUUUCCAUGCAUUCACACACCCAGUGUAACUCAGAUUACAGAUGGAAAUAUAUAAACAAACAAAUAUUAAUAUUAAUGCUUUGUUUUUUUUUUUUUAAAGCGUCAUGAAACACUAAACUACAUUUUCUGAGAUUUUAACAGCGGUUUCUGACAACGCUUCUGACAUUGAUUCUGGUUCAGGAGUGGCUUGACACUAGGAACGUGACACUGCGACAUUUCUGUAUUAUAAAUUCUUUAUUCUAAUAUUUUGAGAUACUGGAUUUUUGAUUUCCGUGAGCUGUAAGUUGUAAUCAUCAAGAUUAAAACAAAAAAAAUAAGGCUUGAAAUAUUUUACUUUAUGUGUAAUGAAUCUAGAAUAUAUGAAAGUUCCACUUUUUGAAUUAAAUUACAGGAAAAAACUAACUUUUAUAUAUAUUUUACAGGGCAUUCAGUUAUAUUUAAAGGGGAGGAAACAGACGGUAGUCAAUGUUUUUCAUUGGACUUUAACUUUGGCAGCUAUAAAAAUAUUUUUAUAAAAUUCUUUUUAUUUAUUAUUAUUUAAAAAAAAAUAAAUAAAAAUCAGCAAAAGAGUCAGCAUGGGCCACUGAGUUAGUUUCUCGGGGUUUCAUGACCGUUUAAAUAUUCUUUACAUUUGAUUACAGCGCCGCCUUCUGGUGAACAGAAGUAGUUUUAUAUCCUGCUUUAAAAAAAAAA